CCAGGGCAUAGUGAGCUGUUCUUGACGUCAUUUCUGUGCGACAGGCCUCAGAGUACAGUACGGUACAGUUCUGCAGGCAGAAGCUGGGGAUGGGUGAGUCGCUGCUGUGGGCCAUGGUGUCUAAAUAUUUGAACAAUAAUUUACGGACUUGAAUUACGCAGUUAAAGACCAUCAGCACAUUUCUCCUGCAGAGUGUUUGCAAGAGGACGUCUUUGACCGAUUGCCAUUGUUAGUAUUUAAAGCUAGCAGGCUAAUGUUAGCGAGCGCAGCCAGGCCCAGCGCAGAGUCGCAUCGCAAGGAUGACUACAUUGUUUUUGUCAGCGACGCCAGUUAAACAGCUAAUGAGGCAGAUGUAAUUGGUGACACUUAAAUCAUUGUUCUGAUUUAUUCCAGCAACCAAAGUAGUAUAAUUAAUCCAAUUCGUUAGAAUCUUGGACUCUUUUAUUAGCACAUUAAACGUUAGCAUAGCCUCUAAACGCUAGCUAACUGAAUUAAAGCUAGCUAACUACAUUAAAAUAAUGACUUCCAGGAGGACAGGCUAUGCUGGUAGCAUGGAUUCCUCUCCAUCAAAUAGUGGCAGCAGCUCAGUACACAGUGGGAACCGUAAACAAAGUAUAAUCAACAUCCCCGAGAGGACCGGGGUAGAGUCCUGUUAUGAUCGGAAAGCAGACAAGGCUGGAUACGGAGCUUCGCAGGGCAGCAUGACUGUAACGUCGCUGAAAUCCCGUCUCGCCCCGACCAUUCAAACUGCCAUGUCCGCUGCAGUUGAUACUCUUCUGGGCGAAGUGGUGCUUGUGCUCAAUGAGACUCAACAAGAGUUGCUACAUAAGGAACAAGAGAAUGAAAGACUCAAAGUGCGCCUUGAAGUGUCUGAGAGGGAGCUGAAGACUUUACAGGAGUGUUUGUGUAGUGCUCAGAAGCUCAUAGACCAGCUUCAGAUCUCAUACACAGGCUCUCAGACAAUUAGUCAGUCAGUAUUUGCCCCAUCAUUGUCUUCCAUGGCUUCAAUGGCUUCAGGCUUGGACCGGGACCACCAGAAUUCCCGAAAUGUAAACGGAGCCGGUGUCGACUUGGGUCUCGGUGGCUCUGUGGAUGACUCGCUUCAUGGGUUUGAGCCAAGAGAUGACUACAAAAUGUGCCAGCUUUCAAUCCAACCAGAUGGCUCUGUGACAAACCACGCUCUGGACUUUACAUCCAACACAUCUCACAUGUGCUCUGAUUCCAGCAGACCAGAUGAGAGGCAGUCUCAGGGACCAGGUGGAGCAUCCAGGUUUGAGAUUAAAGAGGAGCAGGGACCAGCUUCAGGCUCUGGUCAGCCCAGCAGGAAGGAGCCUGGGUUGCGUAAUGACAACAGAGUCGGGGAUGGAGAACGAUCUUCUCACAACGUGGGUGACCUUGGCUACGUUCAAGUUGGAGGGGAGGGAGGUUCCCAGCGUGCCUUUACUCAUCCUCUGCGUCACCAAAGACCUGUGCGAGAAUGCAGCGGUGCCCUGCAGCAAGGCGGACUUGAUGGACAGAAACAGUUGGCUAGGACUUCUGGAGCUGGGAGAGGAGACAGUGUUUCACCAGGCAGAGCAGAGGACUCAGCCGGACCUUCGGCCCCUGACACAGCAGUGGACCCCUCUGGAGAUCGUCCUCACCACUGCUUGGAGUGUGGAAAGACCUUCCGUCUGAUCUCCAGCCUGAAGAAGCACAUCCGCAUUCACACCGGAGAGAAGCCCUACCCGUGUGGAGUCUGCGGUCGUCGCUUCCGCGAGUCAGGUGCGCUUAAAACCCACCUGCGCAUACACACGGGUGAGAAGCCAUACUCUUGCUCUGAGUGCGGAAACUGCUUCCGCCACUUGGACGGUCUGCGCAAACACAGGCGCACACACACCGGAGAGAAACCCUAUGUGUGUGCCAUCUGUGGGAAGCGCCUGAGCCGCCUGCAGCACCUCAAACACCACCAGCUCAUCCACACCGGAGAGAGGCCGUGCUGCUGCCCCUUCUGCAACCGCAGCUUCAAGGAGCCUGCAGCGCUGCGGAAACACAUCCGCACGCACCGGGAGGAAGGCGGUCACAUGGGAAUUGGUGCCAGUGAUGACACGGACCCAGACGCCAUGGAUGACAUUAACAACCUCCAUCCAGCAGCUCCGUCCCCUCAGAUGAGGUUUGGGGAGUGGGGAGCUGAGGAGGAUGACAGCUCGGUUGUGGACUGUGUGUAGCAGAUGAUUAAAGGAGUAACUGUCUGUUGGUAUUCUUACCAUGACACCUACUCCAGGUGACAAACAUGGAAUAAGCUGUUUGUGUAGUUUGAUGAUGAAUAAGGUCAUCUCUGUUCCAUGCUGUUAAAGUGAAGAAUGAGGCUACAUAUAACCAUAACAUUGGAGUUUUGUUCAUAUCUGACAUUUUCAUUUAGAUGUAAAAAUAACUUUUAAAAUAUCCACUGUACAUUCUGCAACAGCAAGUGUUUUUUUUCCGGACAUUCAUCAAGCAGCAGCAGUAGCGUUCGGGUUGUUCUUGGCACACAGAGUUGCUGGUUUGUCAGCUGUCUGGCAAUAAUUUGGGAAAUUGAUGGCAGAAGUGGACAAGAGCUCAUUCCCCACUUUAAAAAUAUAAGUGCCUUGAACACUCACUCAGCCAUCAACUGAGUCGCUGCUGCUGCUGCAUCUGGAUUUUAGACAGGAAACACAAACUGUUAUGAUUCUGUUCAUGAGUUUCUUAUAGUUUCACACAUUAGUCAAAGAUUUAAUUUGCUGUUGAAUUAUCUCCAGAUACUAUGUAGGCAUGCUUUUGCCAACACAUUGAGCUGCUCAAAUAGAUAGAAAUGGAUCCAUAGGGCUGGUUCAUGCUUCAUGUGUGGACAUACAUGCAGGAGUACAGACCGUUUACAUUAUGUAGCUGGGCAUUAUUGACUAAACCAAAUAUCACAAUAUUUUUGGUUUAGUUUUUUGAUCUUGAUAAAGUGAGAAUAUUUAAGUAGGGUGCUUUUAAACAAUAUUUAUUAUCUCAAAUGUAUGGUUAUCAGUAAGGUUGUCAAAAGUAUUGAUAUUUUGAUACUUUUUUCGAUACCACGUGAUUUUUAAAACGAUACAAUCUCGUUAAUUAUACAUUCAGUAGUAUCAAAAGUACCGAAGCUAUAAAAAAACAAACAGAUCUACGGUCAGAUUUUCAACCCGAGGCUGCACAGAUGAAACAAUGGGGAAGAAAAUCAACUGGUCCUCAAUAUGUAUUCAGUGACUUUUUCUGUACCAGCACUGUGUGCAGGUUGCUAAUAAAGAAAGAGGUAUCAAGUACUUUUUUUUUUUUAAUACUAGCAUUGCAUCGAAGUUUAAAAUUCUGGUAUUGUGACAACCUUAAUCAUUAGUGUUGUGGAUGUCAUGCCCAAGAACAUAGCAUCAUAGCAUCUUCAUUUCACAAAGCUGGAACAGCCGAUUAAACUGUGUCAAAAUAUUGGAUCUUUUUCACUUUAAUGCAUCCUUUUAAGAGCAGGAAAAUAAAACAUUUAAACGAUGGCAAUAUUAACCAAAAUCCCAGACAAUAUCUGUCUCCUAUUAUAAUAUCAAUGUUACACUGAUAAAUCCCCCAGCUCUACCUCGGUAUUCAUCCUCGCCUUGCUCCUGGUCUUGUUUUUUCUGCUAAUCCUGUAUGGAGGUUUUGCAGUACUGUCUAGUUUGAUUCAAGUUUUUGAUGAUGCAUAAUAGGGCAAUCAUAAACUAAAGAAAUGAUCUGUUUACUUAUAGUCAUCUGGUUUCUUCACCUAAUCAAUUAAGUUGAUAAAAAUGAGUUCCAUAGUUUUUUCCAAUAAUUGUCCUGCAAGUGGAUUAGAAAAUCUGGUGUUUAUGAAGGACCAUAGCACAUUUAUGAAUAUUAUUGUAAUGCCACAGAUGUCACCAGUAUUUUCACGUAAUAAUUAAUGAGUACAAAAAUACCAUAAAAAGCACUAAUUGACAAAAAAUUUCCUAGUGGACAUAACCACUGUUGACUCAUCAAAUUUAAGAGGGUAGCAUGGCCUUGCAGUGUACCCUAAUGAGACCAUGUGUAAGCUAAAAAGCUCAAAUAUCAUUUUGACUACAUUUACACUGACUUUGUGUCUUCAUGAAGCAUGGACCAGUUUUACUUUUCAGUCAACAGCGUCCUAUUCUUAAGCCCUGCUCCACUCUCACUCACACUGCAGAGCCCUUAUCAGUUACACAAUCUUAAUGUUUUCAGUCAAGCAGAAGUUAAGUGUCAAGACUAUGUAAGUAUGAAGAUAUCCGUACAUGCAUUUACUUGUUCACCAAAACAUGCAGGGUUGUUUGAAGAGGACAUGGGCACAGUUAGCAUCAGCAUGCAUCCAGAUCAACAGCUUAAACACUGUUUUACUGAUUAUCGUCUCUCUCUCAUGGACCAUAUCUUAGCAUUCCGUUAUUUGUUUUUGUAUUUUUCAAGCUGCUACUAUAUGUCUAGAAAGGCUUUCCUUUUCUGGACUUGUAUUAUUGUUACCAGCCAGUUACAAGCAAUUACUAACGAACAGACUUUGGUGCUUGCAUGCGCAUAUCUGUUCCUCUGCUGGCCACGAUGCCUCCCUGCAGUUUCUGUAAAUAAGAAUGUAGUUUUAGCCAUUGGAUUAAUGAGGGUUAACAUUUGUUGAAAAGUUAGUGUGCUACUUUGACUUUUUUUUUUAACGUAAUGUGCUUUGAAAACAUCAGUAUGCUAACAUGCAAUGUAAUUAUAUAUAAUCGUAUUCAAUUUCUUCCUGAUGUUCUUCCUGAUGCUCUGAUGUGACAGGACUGAUGCAUCAAGGUUAACAGCAGAGCAUUAAUCUUCUCAGUCUUUUGAGCUAUACUAUAGGUCUCUGGUGUCACUUACCAUGUAUACUACUAUAAUGAUCUCCAUGUAACUAUUCUGUGUACAUUUACAAGUGUAAGUCACUUUGAAAGGCACUCAAAAGGUUAAAUAUCUGUUACUGUAUGCCCAGAAUCCGACUUGCAAAGGUAAUCUUUACCCCAGAUAAUCAUAUUUAUUGUUUUUUGUAUUACAUACAGAUGGGGCCUUUGCAUGUAGGUUUAAACUGAAAUGGCAUUCUUCCUUAAGAAGUCAGUGUUAAAUGUGAAAUGAAUUACUUUUUUAUGCUUCUGUGUUCCAAAUAUAUUUCCCCACAUCACAUUCAUCUUGUUACCUACUGUAAAUGUUACUAUAUUAAAGGGCCUUGUUUAUA